AUGUCCAAUGAUGGCCAUCUUUGGCUCGGUCCACUAUCAGGCUUCCAAUAUUCGUCUUAUAGUCUGGGGGACGCGGAUGCGAUUCCAGCGCAACUCAACUCACUCUGUGUUCUAUCCUUCCUGCUCGCACUAGCUCGCACCUCCUGUAGCAAACGUCGUCUGGAAACUGACAUGAUCUCCCGCGGAACAAAGUCGAAAAGGCCUCUUCCCACGUUUGAAGUCGGUUCGGAUUAUCGCAUACUUCAUGUUUUGGGAGAGGGCGCGUACGGCACAGUCGUGGCUGCCCUCCACGAACCGUCUGGAACUCACGUCGCGAUCAAGAAGAUCUUGCCAUUCGAUCACACCCUGUUCUGCCUCCGAACGCUUCGAGAACUCAAGCUCCUCAAGUUCUUCUCACAGACGGCGGUCAAUGACAACAUUAUCUCAAUCCUGGAUAUCAUCAAGCCACCGUCAUUGGAUGAUUUCAAAGAAGUCUAUUUCGUUCAAGAACUCAUGCAAGCGGAUCUUCACCAAAUAAUUCGGACACAACAUCUCACGGACGACCACUGUGAAUAUUUCAUAUACCAAAUCCUUCGAGCUAUCAAAUCGAUGCACAGCGCCGACAUCGUACACAGGGACCUAAAGCCAGCAAAUAUCCUUGUCAAUCAGAAUUGUGAUCUCAAAGUAUGUGACUUUGGACUUGCCCGAAACGCCCACACUGGCACUCCAGCAGGCGAGUCUGGACUCAUGACUGAAUAUGUCGCCACGAGAUGGUAUCGCGCUCCAGAAAUAAUGCUCUCCUUCAAGAUGUACACGAAGGCCAUAGACCUGUGGGCAGUCGGAUGCAUCCUUGCUGAAAUGAUGAUGGGGAAACCAUUGUUCCCUGGUCGAGACUACGGGCAUCAGCUUGACCUUAUCCUCGAUGUUAUCGGCACACCAACUCUUGAGGAAUAUGCCGGAAUCACCUCCCGCCGCUCUCGUGACUACAUUCGUGCACUCCCGAUUCGUAGACGCAAACCACUUAUAUCGCUCAUACCGAGCGCGACUCCUUCCACAAUUGACUUCUUAUCUAACACGCUCACAUUUGACCCAAAGAAACGGAUGACUAUAGAAGAAGCACUCCGCCAUCCUUACGUUGCAGCAUAUUACGACCUAAAUGACGAACCUGAAUGUUUCCCCAUGGACCCAGAAUACUUCCACUUUGAUACCCAAAAAGAGAUGCUCGGCAAAGCCCAGUUAAAAGAGCUACUGUACGAGGAGAUCCAGUCGUUCACACCGACCCUCGGACAAUAG